GCCGGCCCCGCUCGGGGGGGGACGGAGCAGCGCACCCCAAGGGGAACAGGGGCACACGGGGACCCAGCGCCGGGGAGGACGGUGGCUCCUGACCCACCCGGGGGAUGCUCUCGGGGUGGGGCUGUCCCUGCCAGUCCCCCGCGAUGCGCUGAGCAACCUCCCCCCCGCCCAAUCCCACUCCUCCCGGCAAAGUCCGUGCCGUGGAUUUCUCUUCCCUGCCGCUCGCAGCUCCGUCCCGCUCGCCCCGGGGCCCCCCAAAACCCUGGCGCUCCCCGGGGGUCCCCGCCGGCACCACCCAGGAGGACACGGGGCAGCCCUGGGGCACCACCCCAGCACACCCUGGCCAUGGCAGGUCGGCUCCCACCCUCAGACCCUGACCUGGGUGUCCAGGAUGUCCCCUCCUUCCACCCGCCCCUGCAGGUGCCCACCCAGCGCACAGUGACACGGGUGCCCAUCAUCCACCACCGCGGCUCCAACACCCUCAACUUCCACUUCCACGACCCGGAGCCCACGAGCUCGGAACCCAAGAGCUCAGUGAAUGAGUGGUACCAGACCUGGCCGGCCAAGGAGGCGAAAGCCCCCAACACCCCAGCGCCCGCCGGCCCCACGCCCACCCCCAGGGCUGCCCCUGCCCGCUCGUGCCCCCCGGGCUGGUCGGCCACCUGGACCAAGGACAGCAAGCGGCGGGAGCGGCGCUGGGUGAAGUACGACGGCAUCGGGCCCGUGGAUGAGACGGGCAUGCCCAUCGCCUCCCGCUCGAGUGUCGACAGCCCCCGAGACUGGUACCGCAGCAUGUUCCGGCAGAUCCACCGCAAGCUGCCAGAGCCCGACUGGGACACCCACCCCUGCCCCGCCACGGCGCCUCCGUCGCCCCCCAAACCGCGCAGGAGGGGCUCGGCACCGGCCGAGCCCCCCGGGAUGCCCAACGGGAUGGGCUGGACGUGCUGGGGUGACCCCGGUGCCACCGCAGAGCCCGGCAGCAUCUUUGACUACGAACCGGGGAAAUUCUCGCCGCUGGAGCAGCCCCCGACAGCGGCACGGCGGGCUCAGUCCAUUGAGGUGCUGCUGGAGCAGGAGCUGGAGCAGCUCAGCGAGGAGCUGGACAAGGAUAUGAGGAACAUGGAGACGCGCCGGACACCCCGCCAGAGCCCGGCGGCUGCUCCCACCGCUCGCUCCCCUGCUCCGGCCUCCCCGGCUGCUCGGAGCCCCCUGUCACCCCCCCGGCUGCGGAGCCCCCCUGUCACCCAGCGCUCCCCCGCCAGCCCCGGCAUGGAGCGGGGUGUCCUGGGGCUGGCCAGCGAUCGGAGCCGGGCAGCCCCCAGCAGAGACACCCUCAGGCCAGGGACCCUCCCCAGCCUGCCCGACAUGGGAGAUCCCGCCGAGACCGUCAGGAGGGAGGAGAAGAAGAUGAAAGCUGCUCGCCUCAAGUUCAACUUCCAAGCCGAGUCUCCCAAGGAGCUGACGCUGCAGAAGGGGGACAUCGUCUACAUCCACAAGGAGGUGGACAGGAACUGGCUGGAGGGCGAGCACCACGGCCGUGUGGGCAUCUUCCCCUCCAACUACGUAGAGAUCCUGCCCCCCACGGAGGUGCCCAAGCCCAUCAAGGCGCCCACCAUCCAGGUGCUGGAGCACGGCGAGGCCCUGGCGCUCUACAACUUCCGAGGGGAGCUGCACGUGGAGCUCUCCUUCCGCAAGGGCGAGCGGAUCUGCCUGGUGCGGCGGGUGGAUGAGAACUGGUACGAGGGGCGGAUCUCGGGCACCAGCCGCCAGGGCAUCUUCCCCGCCACCUACGUCCAGGUGCUGAAGGAGCCGCGGGUCAAGGCCACCGCCGAGGACAUCCCCGCCUCGCCCAGCCCCACCAUGUCCCCGUCCCUGCAGCGCUCGCCCGCUCCCCGCGCCCCCCACAACCCCACCGGCUCCCCCCGGGCGGCGGAGCGGCGUCCUGGGGUCCCGGGGGGACACCUCGGUGUCGCCUUCCCCGCCUCCCCAAAGCUGCCCCACGCUGGCACCCCCAGCCCCUCGCUGGCCUCUGCCAGCCCCCCCCAGCCUGUGGCCGUCCAUCCCCAGAACCCGCGGCGUCCAGCCUGGGCCCCCGAGCAGCGUGCCACCCCGGGGGCACCCGUGGGCACCCGCCCCGAGCCCGCCCCGUCCUACAACGGCUCCGAAAUCCGGUGGACCCCGUACCGGGCGCUCUACCAGUACCGGCCCCAGAACGCCGACGAGCUGGAGCUGCUGGAGGGGGACCGCGUGGACGUCAUGCAGCAAUGCGAUGACGGCUGGUUCGUGGGCGUGUCCAGGAGGACGCAGAAAUUCGGCACUUUCCCCGGGAAUUAUGUGGCGCCGGUGUGACCCGCGGGGACGUGCGUGGG